AUGGCUUCGUACUACGAGGAGGUUUCAGAUAACAGCGGGUCAGAUUUCAGCGACACUGACACAGAUUUAGAUUCGGAUUCGGAUUCGGCCUCAGCAGCAGCACAGGUUUGCACAUACUACAACAAAGGCCACUGUCGCAAUGGCUCGGAGUGUCCAGACCUGCACGUGUGUAAGUACUCUUUGAAAGGCACUUGUCGCUACGGUGCCAACUGUCGCCUCAGUCAUACCCCGAACUCCAGUGGGCCAUUUGCACAGAAAAAUGGAGAGAAUCGGAGUCAUAGCAGGAAGACUCAUGGUCGCAGAGAACGCAGUCGCAGCUCUUCGUCUGACAGUGAUACAGACAGCAGCAAGCCUUAUAGAUGGCAGUUGAAUUUAGGCAACGGCUGGGAGGAUGUUGCCAACGAUUAUGUCCUGGAAGCUCAGUACUCACGACCUAACACUAAAGGCAUCAAGAUUUACAACACUCCCUGUGGUGCUCUGUCUAUCGACUUUACACGCAUGCGCAUCUUGAAGAAGACCAAGCUGCGAGUCAGACGCAAAGGCUCCCAACACAGUAAUUGGCUGUGGUAUUACCGAGGUAACCACGGCUGGUAUCAGUAUGGAAAGAAGGACGCACAGGGGAACACCAGUUCAGUCAACAGCUCCAAGCUGGAAAGUGAGUUCCAGAAGAACCAGCAUGGCACUGUUCACUUCAGUAUUGACAACACCAACUAUGAGAUCAGCUUUAAAGGCAUGCGUCAGAAAAACUUGUCCACAGGCCACAAGAGGAAGAUCAGAAGGCGUCCGAAGUACAUUUCUCCUCAGGAUGCAGGAGUGAAUGCAGUGACAAGUAAGUUGAAGUCCUUGUGGCCAUCCUCAGCUAAGAAGACUCCUUUGUGGCAGUUCAGUGGGAGAGGAGGAAAUUGGCACAGUUUCGUACCGCGAGGUUCCUGUACAAUAUCAAGUGCAGACAUUGAGGCACAGUUCCAGCGUAACACCAAGGGCUCCAUGAACUUCUCUGUAAAUGGAGAUCAGUACAUGCUGGACUUCUCACGAAUGACCCAAACCAACCUGAAAACGCAAGCCACUCGCAGUAUCAGACGCGUGAUGCAGUGAUGCUACUCUCGCAGCAGGUUUCAGACAUUUGAAGAGGAUAAAGAAGGGGAAAUUGUGUACUAGUGGUAAUGGUAAACCUUGAUUUGAGUUUACAAAUGAACUGCCAUUUAUAUAGACUCCAUGUCUAAUAGAUGUGUGACACACAAAUAAACCUGUUUACAUACAAAAGCUAUAAUUACUAAAUGAUUAUUGGAAUUGGUUUCUUUUCAUUAUACUUCUUAGCCAACAGCAAUUUAUAGUCUUCACUUAUGGGUUAAUAGAGAACCAAAGACAUGAGUUGACUGAGUUAUGGGUCAGUUACUGUUUGUGACUUGAUUUCCUGUGUGAUUUAUAUGCUUAUUAUUAUUUUUUUUUUUGCAAAAGCAUUAGAAACCAUAUGAAGUGCUGAAGACUCUUGAAGCAUUACAGUGCUUUCUGUUAUUGCAUUCUUCAUUUUUUCCUUGAAUUCAAAAAUGGCACUUGCCAGAACUGUUUAAUUAAAUAAACUUAAUGAAACGUAA